AUGAGAAUCCGCAUCCGUGGCCCUGGCGGCCAAUCCACCAUCUUCCUAGACGAAAACGCAACUAUCCGCGACCUUCAAACUGAGAUUAAUGAGAAAACAGCGUUGGCAUCGUAUGACAUCAAGUACGGCUAUCCCCCCAAACCACUGCACCUCGACCAGCUCGACCCGGCUGAAUUUGUCAGGGGAAUCGGCACAAAUCUCAACGGAGAACAACUUAUUAUUAGCAAGAGGGAGACAGGGCCUGCUGCUGCCGUCACGUCAGCCAGUUCAACACAACAACAAGAACAACAACAACAACAAAAACAAAAAAAUCCCGCUUCAAAUGUCGCUCUCCCCGGGAAUUCAAAUAGGCCUGUACAAACUCCGCAGACUGCGCAGACUGCGCAGACCACUCAAUCCAAAUCAGGCAUCCCGAAGCCACUAUCAUUAACCCGCAAGGAAAACACCACCGUUGAAAACGACCCUCCGGAGAUCCCUUCGCCUGACCACAGAGGCACAGUCGUCCUCCGCAUCAUGCCGGAUGACAACUCCUGCCUCUUCCGAGCUGUCAGCAGCGCAGUGAUAGGGGCCAUGGACGCAGUAACUGAGCUGCGAUCGAUAAUCGCACAGACCAUCCAAGAGCAGCCGGAGCUGUAUACAGCCGCAGUACUAGAAAAGUCACCAGACGACUACUGCCGCUGGAUCCAGACGGAGGACUCGUGGGGUGGAGGGAUUGAGUUGAGCAUACUCAGCAAACACUUCGAUGUCGAGAUCUGCUCUAUAGACGUGCAGUCGCUGCGCGUCGACCGGUUUAACGAGGGGAGGCCAACACGGUGUAUCGUUGUGUAUUCGGGAAUCCAUUAUGAUACCAUUGCCCUUUCACCGUCGGACGAGCCGUAUACGCAUGCCUAUGCGCCGCCGGAGUUCGACACUAAGAUAUUUGAUGCGGUUGAUCUUGUCAUUCUUGAGCGGGCGGUGGAGCUGUGCCAGAUCCUGCAAGCGAAACACUAUUUCACAGACACUGCGUCGUUUCGAAUCCGGUGUAACAUGUGUGGGAGUGAGUUUGUGGGUGAGAGGGGGGCUACGAAGCAUGCUACGGAGACUGGGCAUUAUGACUUUGGGGAAGCGGCUUAG